CGUUGCCAAGUUAGGUAGUUAGUUUGCGUAGAUACGUACGAACGUUCGCGGAACAUUCACUGAAUCACUGGACACUGCAAAUCCGUCGGUUCGCUGCUGCAUGUGCUGCUCUCCGGUUCAAUUACUGUACGGUGAAAAAAGUGGUUUGCAACAUUAUUUGUUUCGUUUCAUUGAGCAUCGGUUCCUGAAUAGUGGCGCGAUAAGUACAGAGUAACUGGCAAAAAAAUUGCAAAACUGGAAGAAGUUCAGCAGAAAAGAAAGCCAAGAACCGUAUAGUUCGGUGUCAAGACCCUCUCGUUGGGUCAGCCCGGCGGUAGUAUUUUAGGGAGUUUUCUCUUUUUUUUCGCUGGAAAAGUUCACGUAAUGUAGAGCGAGAAAAUAAUUAGUGUGUGCACACGCAACUGCUAGUGAAAAUUGCAUUCUACAAGUGUGUGCUGCUGGUGGCAACGAACUGUCAAAGGCAGGCGUUGGCUGCGUUGUAGGUGAAGAAACUGGGUGUGUACUACCGUCGAAUGGACCGUGAGACGUCAACCGCAACAAUAACAACGUAGAAAACAGCAGAACAAAAGUGAUAAUCAGAAGCAGCAGCAGAAGCGUUUAGUGCCGUUAGUUUGCUUCUUCGCAUUGAUCGCGAGCUUUUUUUUUUCUUCCCUGUUCCUCCAUCCAGUUUGACAGAAUGUGAUGGGAGUCGCUCCUACAACUCCCGAAGAAAGGAAAAAAACGGAACGGUGUAAACAAUUGGCAUCCCACACCAACGGGCCUCGUGAAUGUAUGUGUGCGUGUUUACCAGUUUUGUCUCAUGUUUCAACUUCUGUUUUGUUUUACGACACAACAAUUUGUUGGUUCAGUGUGAAAUGCGCUACGUGUAGGUUUUUGCUACGGUGAAGAAGCACACGAGAAGGAAACGAGGGCCUGUGCAAGAAGAAGUUCAGUGUGAUUUUUAUUGAUUUUUGCAAUAAUUGUGUCUGCCCGCUCCCGAGUUGCUGGGCAAAAGUUUUCCGCAGAAACGGCUUCCCAACAGAUCGAAGAAGCUAGAGGAAGCCCUCGAGUGUAAAAAAAAAGAAAAGAAAAAGUAGCAGUAGCAAAAGAAGCAGUAUAAGAAAAAUCCGGUUCUCGGCAGACGACCGCUGACACUGGAUAUCCGAGAGAAGCCUGCCUAGGCUGCUGCUCUAGCUACUCUAGGGUGGGAAAACAUCGGAGGAAAAUAGUGGAAGUGAUUUGCAAGUGUCCCUCCUCGGUUCCCGAAGAAAACACUACUCCGCACGCUGAGGCAAGCAGGCAGGCGACCCUGCCUGAUGUUGCUUUGAAAAACGGGAAGAAGAAGCAACACGGAUUUGAAAGGAGCGGCAGUCGGAGGGGGUGGAUAGUAGUGAAAUCGAUUGUGCGUGCGAUCGUGUCAGUGCUAAAAGACUACCCACCUUUAACCACAACGGAGUAGUUGGUAGUUGCCGUAGUAGUGUAGGACCGUGGUGGGAAGGAGGGCAACCGGAAUCAACAAUGUUCAAAUGCAUCCCGAUUUUCAAGGGCUGCAACCGGCAGAUUGAAUAUGUGGACAAACGGCACUGCUCGCUGCCGAACGUGCCGGAGGAGAUCCUCCGGUAUUCGCGGUCGCUGGAGGAACUGCUGCUCGAUGCCAACCAUAUAAAGGAUUUGCCCAAGAACUUUUUUCGCCUGCAUCGGCUGCGGAAGCUCGGACUCAGCGACAAUGAGAUCAUGAAACUACCGGCGGACAUCCAGAACUUUGAGAAUCUGGUCGAGCUGGACGUCUCCCGGAAUGAUAUCGGCGACAUUCCCGACGACAUCAAACACCUGCGAAGUCUCCAGAUUGCCGACUUCAGUUCCAAUCCGAUUCCCCGGCUGCCGGCCGGAUUCUCGCAGCUGCGGAGUCUCACCGUGCUGGGGCUGAACGAUAUGUCGCUGACGACGCUGCCACAGGAUUUUGGGUGCCUGUCGAAGCUGGAAUCGCUGGAGCUGCGCGAAAAUCUGCUCAAAAGCCUGCCCGAAUCCAUCAGCCAGCUCACCAAGCUGGAACGGCUCGAUCUGGGUGACAAUGAAAUCGAAGAGCUUCCACCCCACCUGGGCUAUCUGCCGUCGCUGCAGGAACUGUGGCUCGAUCAUAACCAGCUGCAAAAGCUGCCACCGGAGAUCGGUUUACUGAGGAAUUUAGUGUGCCUGGACGUUUCCGAGAACGGGCUGGAGGAACUGCCCGAAGAGAUCGGUGGUCUGGAGAGCCUAACCGAUCUGCACCUAUCGCAGAAUCGGUUGGAAAUUUUGCCGGACGGUAUUUCAAAGUUAACCAAACUGACGAUCCUGAAAUUGGACCAGAACCGGUUGCACACUCUGAACGAAAGUAUCGGUCAGUGCGUUCACAUGCAGGAGCUGAUAUUGACGGAAAAUUUCCUGAACGAGUUGCCUUACAGUAUCGGCAAUAUGACACUGCUUAAUAAUCUGAAUGUGGACCGGAAUUCGCUGGUUUCGGUACCGAACGAGUUGGGUAAUUGUAAAAGUUUGGGGGUACUGAGCUUGCGGGAGAAUAAACUGACAAAACUACCGGCUGAGCUGGGGAACUGUUCCGAGUUGCAUGUACUGGACGUUUCCGGCAAUCUGCUACAAUAUCUACCCUACUCGCUGGUAAAUCUUCAGCUUAAAGCCGUUUGGCUGUCGGAGAACCAGGCACAGCCACUGCUAACAUUCCAACCGGACGUGGAUGAAGCUACCGGGGAUCAGGUGUUGACCUGUUUCCUACUACCCCAGCAGGACUACGUUCCACCGAGUCCGGAAAAUCGAGAAGAUACCGACUCCGAGGACUGGGAAGAACGGGAAGCAUCCCGUACCCACUCGGUCAAAUUCAGCGAAGAUUCCAACGCGGACAAAGACACACCCUUCGUGCGGCAAAACACCCCGCACCCGAAGGAGCUCAAACUGAAAGCGCACAAACUGUUUGCCAAGGACAAAAAGUCGGACGAUUUGAGCGGUGGCAAUCUGGAUACACUUUCGGAGGAAUCCUCCUCGAAACCGUCGCUGCUGAACAAGUCCGGUGCAAUGGCAACCAUGGACGACAUCCAGGGUGUGGUUGCUAAUGAGCCGAUUGCGGAGGAAAAUGCUAACAAGGAGAACGAAGAGUUUGAGGAAGAUAACUACGAGAAACGGGUGGGGUUCGAUGUGAACGAGGAGGAGGAGGAUCGAUUCUAUUCGGAGGAAAAUGAUGAUGCACAUGAGAAGAAGCCGGUUUCUAAGCUGCAUCGGAGAGACACCCCUCACCACCUGAAGAAUAAACGCGUACAUCACACAAUGUCCGAAAAGAAUAGCAGUCUGGUGCUUAACUCAUUGAAGUUAAAGGAAUCGCUUCCGCCACCGCCAAAAUUGGAGGAACAUCCUGUGCUGGAAACGGUCGCCGAGCCAGCGACGGGCGAAGACGCCCUGGACGCCUUCACCGAGCUCAAAGAGGAACGGUUCGAAAUUCACAUCGAGCGCACUUCCGCCGGGCUGGGACUGAGCAUCGCCGGCGGCAGAGGGUCAACCCCGUUCAAGGGGGACGACGAAGGUAUCUUCAUAUCCCGUGUAACGGAAGGUGGUCCGGCCGAUCUGGCCGGUCUUCGAGUGGGCGAUAAGGUACUUAAAGUGAACGGUAUCUCGGUGGAAGAUGCGGACCACUAUGAUGCGGUGGAAGUGCUGAAGGCCUGCGGUUCAGUACUAGUGCUGUUCAUCGGCAGAGAGAUAACGCGCUUAAUUGGACAUCCGGUGUUCGAUGAGAGUGGUUCGGUGGCACAGAUCGUAGAACAGCAGCAGCAGCAGCAACAGCAUGAUGACGGUUUGAGUCACCAUCACCCGCUUCAUCAGCAGCAGAAAGUGAUUCCUCCGCCGAUUGCAGUGGCAAUCGAGCAACCCUUAAUGGAAGGUAUUGCUGGCGGGGGAGGCGGUGUAGGAGGAGGAGGCGGAGGUGGAAUUUUACAUCCAUCGUUCAACGAUGUCGGAUUACCGAAUGGAAACGCGGGAACACCCGUUCCUGUGGUAGGAUUACUGAACGGAAAUGAAAUUACCCACAAAGUUAUCCUCCAUACGACGCUCAUUCGGGAUCAGAUCGGGCAGGGUCUCGGUUUCAGUAUAGCCGGAGGAAAGGGACACGCCCCGUUUAAGGACGGUUCGGAAGGGAUUUAUAUCUCGAGAAUUACCGAGAACGGUGUGGCCCACAAGGAUGGGAAGAUUCUGGUGGGCGAUCGCGUGUUGGCAAUAAAUGGAAUUGAUAUAACCAACGCCCAUCAUGACUCCGCUGUUCAACUGCUGACCGAUCAUCAGCGGUUUGUUCGACUGGUAGUCCAACGGGAGGUGAAAGGACCGCUGGAGCCACCAAACAGCCCUCGGAGUCCGAUGUUGAAAAAUCUCAAUCCGAGCGGAUACAUGGCAAACCGACCGGCAUACACCGGCUAUCGCCGCUCAAUUGAAGAUCACGCCGAAAUCAGCCCAACAGCGGCGGCCGCAGUGACAGAGAGUCAACCCAAUCCCGGCCGGCACGAACCGGAAGUGAAGCACACAACCAUACACAAGCAGCAGCAGCAUCCGCAUCAGCCGUUGGUCAGCGGCGAACAGCUGCCACAGCAACCACCAUUACCUGCCCCACGUAAAGUAUUAUCACCGCAAACGUCUGUAAAUAACAAUGACCAGCCGACGACGGCUAGCAAUGGUAGUAGUUCUAACAACAACAGCAACAGCAACUACAAAAGCAGCAUCAACACAAAUGGUAGUAGUAGCACUCACAGCAACAAAAACAAUCAUCAUCAACAGUCAUUGUCAUCGUCGAGCUCGCCCGGAGCGAACACAAUAACCAAUGGUACAAGCAAUAAUGAUAGUAGUAACGUAGUGGCGAAGAUACCCGUCACCAACAGUGAGGAUUCGCAGGUUGCGGCCAGGCCAAUGACGAGCGCCGACUUCCAGGCCAUGAUCCCAUCGCACUUUAUCAGCGGAGGCCGCCAGGUACACGUGGAACGAUCGGGACCGAUGGUAGCCGCCGGUUCUGGUGGUGCCGCCACCGCCGAACAUGGUCCCUCGGUAACAGUGACCGUGCAGAAGGCCGUACCGGAUCUGCCGAUGUUGCCGCCAGCGCCAACCGAGCUCGGCACCGUCACCGAGACGAUCACAAAGUCGACCUUCACUGAGACGGUAAUGACUAGGGUUACUGACAAUCGGUUAUUGGAACCACUAAUCAGUGAGGAGGUUAUACUGCCCAAAGAUCAGGGUUCCCUCGGUUUCAGCAUCAUCGGUGGUACCGACCACUCGUGCACACCAUUUGGAGCGCACGAUCCUGGCAUUUUCAUUUCUCACAUCGUUCCCGGAGGAAUUGCGGCACUUUCCGGUAAACUACGAAUCGGUGAUCGUAUUUUGAAGGUAAACGGAACGGAUGUUACCAGUGCGACACACCAGGAAGCCGUGAUGGAACUUCUACGACCGUGUGACGAAAUUAAACUGACCGUUCAGCAUGAUCCUUUGCCUGCUGGAUUUCAGCACCAGCAUUUCGAAAUAGUUCGCUUGCAAACUGAGGAGGUUAAUCUGGUCAAGCAGGAAGGUGAACGGCUCGGUAUGCACAUCAAGGGCGGUCUGAACGGACAGCGCGGUAAUCCGUUGGAUCCGGCGGACGAGGGUGUGUUCAUUUCGAAGAUCAACAGUACGGGUGCGGCUAAACGGGACGGCCGGCUACGGGUCGGGAUGCGCAUCCUGGAAGUAAAUGGUGUUUCCCUGCUGGGUGCAACCCAUCAGGAAGCGGUAAACGCGCUGCGUGCUUCCGGCGGCGUUCUGCACAUGGUCGUGUGCAAAGGGUACGAGAAGGGUGAUCUGGCGCAUCAGUCGAUUGGUAGCGCUGGGGGCAUGAGCACCGGAAUAAGCAAUAAUGGGCAUAGUACUAGAAUAGGUUCUCGAGCUUCAGAAACUGGCUCCGAGCUGAGUCAGAGCGUAUCGAGCUUAGAUAGGGAGGAUUCAAUUAUUGCCGCUGACGCGCUGCACAAAUCAAGCGUAGAUAGAGUCCCGGAAGAGGACUUUUCGGUGGGUGAGGAACAUCCGCAAACGACAGAAUCGAGUGUUUUCUUGCAGCAACAACAGCAGCAGCAGCAGCCGCCGCCUCCAACGACGACGGUAGCAACGCUUCCGGUGGGAAAUUCACAGCAAACUCUGAACAGAGUGUCUCCCAAUGUGGACUCGCAAGCUCUUGUGAGUAGUCGGGAAAAGAGCACACCGGAAAAGGUUUUGGACUUUGUACGAGCGGCCGAAUCGUUGGCCCUGGGUGGCAACUUGAUCGAAAAUGGUCCUCCCAAGUCCCCCACGGAACCAGCUACUGCUGAAAAUCUGCAAAAAACCACCACGAUUGUGAUGUCGAAACACACGCUGGAUACGCAAGCACCACAGGUUGAUCGCCGAUAUGGAAAUAUCCGGCCGUUGUUGCAUGCAAACGAUCCUUCCAAAACCUCAAUAACCUCCUCCACUAGUACUACUACCGUUGCUACUACCACCACCACUACCACUAGUUCUGCUACCUCUUCAGCCAAUACUAACCAAACGAACAACAACAACGCAUCUAUCGGCUCGAAAACAAUCAAACCAUCACCGCGCCCGGUAGAGCCUCCUCUCCCCGCUACGAAAAGUUACAUUCCAGUCUACUCGUCCGGUGCCUAUGAGCGCUCGAUGUUCAACUCGAAGGAACCUGCGGUGGAGAUGCGAUCGAAACAACCGGUACCGGCAACUCGAUCGGUAACUCCUACGCCAACGCCAACUGGUACAACUAGCAGCAGCAGCGGCAGCCACCACCGCAAAUCCGUCAGUUUCGAUCUGGACGAUCCGGGAGAGGAGCAACGCCGGAUGAUGGUAGCAGCCGAGCAGGAUGCGCAACAAAUUCGCCAGUGGAAGGAUGCUAACAACAAUAGCGGAGCGAAUCAGUUGAAAGGAAUUUUGCGGAGUGGAAGUCCGACGACUUCCAGCAGGAGUCGCAGUACGACACCGGAAGAAGGAGGGUUGGCGCUGGAGCGGGACGCACGUGCUCGUUACGUCCGUAGCGAAAUUGUGGAUGAUGUUCUGGAGAGUGAGGAGGAAGAAUCACAAAGCGAGGAUGAUAGUGAUGAUGGGGACGAAGGAAGUGAAAUUGAACGGGAGAAUCCAUUUAGGAAAGAGUUUUUCGGGGAGACGGAAGAUAAGCGGGAAGUGCAAAGACGGCGAUCGCCUCCGCCGCCACCGGUGAGAGAUUUGAAGAGAGCGGAAAUUGUGCCAAACGAGGGUAUUCGGAAUAUGGAGGAAGAGUUUGGUCAAGGUAAUUAUAUAGAAUUUGAGCAUGAUGCUCGAACGAAUACGGUUCGUGAAGUGAGAAGCUCGACGCAGAACCUGGCGAGCCGCAGCAUGGAACGGUUGCCAAACUACGAAAAGAUUGAACUAAUCGCGGCCAAAUUCGAUGUGCUCCCGUCGAAAAAACGGGCGGAGUUUAUACACGAAAAUUUCAAGGAAAAUACACUUGUCCCGGAAGAAACUCAUCGUCAAUUUUUGCUGGAGGAAAACCGAAUGCGUAAUGAGAUGAUCUCUCGAACGACUAAUCCGUUCCUAGACACUGGUUACGACCAGGAGUCCCAACAAUCGGUCUCCCCUGUGCCACAACGACCAAUGCACUGGACCGGAUCAACCGGACAGCUGCACUCUCCUCAAAUCUACCCACCGGUCCAGGUGCUCCCAGUUCACUAUACAAAACUUCCCACGCCUCAGCACACGGUAUAUACGUACGCACCGCCGCCGCCGCCACCACACCAUCACUAUCAUCACUUUCAACAGCAGCAACACCAGCAACCGUACGGCAUGUCAGGCUACAGUUACCUGUCGCCUCCGCCAGCGCCAAAGACACCGAAAAGUGUCUCGGAUAAGAAGCGUUUCUUCGAGAAUGCCAUGGAGGAUCAGAACAAGCAGACGCCGAAACCUGAGAAAGUAUUCUCCUUCCUAUCGAAGGACGAAGUCGAGAAUUUGAAGCAAGAAGAGGAACGCAAGAUUGCUACCCUGGGAAGACGGCGCAUCCAGGAGCGAGCCUACGACGAGCACGAGGAUGAGUAUUGCUCCGGAGACGACGAGGUGCACGAUCACUACGGAAAGUCGGACGAAAACGAUAACGAUAUGAGCAAUCCUUUGAUGACCAUGGUGAGGCCGACCGCGGAGGAACCUGCUCAACCACCGGUGGUGGUUCAUCAGGAGGAGAAACAGCAGCAGCAACAUCAGGAUUUGAUUCUAUCGCGGCAGGUAACAUCAACAACAGCGACACCUUCGCCGCUUCAGGUCAGAACACCGGUCAGUCGAAUUCCGAUCCGAACAGCGAAUGCCGAGAAACGAGCCCGAGCAAACGAUAUGCUGCCACCGGAGUACGACGAGUCGAAGCUGAGCCCGUCCGAGAUUCGAGCGCUGAGAGCCCAAAAGCGUGCUGCCUGGCGACAAGCCCGUCUCAAAUCGCUGGAAAAUGACGCUUUGCAGGCGCAAAUCAUGAUCCAAACCAUGAAUGCCGUGACGAUGCAGGAAGAGGGCGGUACCCACGGGACCAACAAUCCGACCGUACUGCAUUUGAGGUCGGACCACGAUUACUAUCCGUCCAUUGCCGAGCAACCCGUUAGUAGCAGUGACGAACAGUCAUCCCUAACGCACGCCACCAGCAGCGGUGACGAGUAUCCGCCGCGAGUAGCACCGAAACCGAUUCGCUUUCCCAGGAUAGCGGUCAAAUCGAAAGCGACCGGGAACGAGAGGGUGAUUCGCGAAACGGAAACCGUUCUCGGCGAGAAGGUGAUUCAGCAGCGCACAGAGGAGAUCCCCGGCGGGGGUCUCCGCACGGUUGAAUACGUCGAGAAGCUCAUCGAGACGGAGGUCGAAACGAUGCGUGAGAAGAUCAUCAUGCUGGAACUGGAGGAACCGUCCUCCGGAAGCAGUGAGCGACAAUCGCAACCACUGCAACAACCCCAGGAAUCUCAGGAAAAAAAUCACAAAUCCGACCACGAUGACUCAACGGAGGCGGCGGAUGUUUCCCUCGAAGAUGACGACGAUGAUCAGCCGGAUAGUAUGGUAAUUCACGGUGACGAAGAUUACGACGACGACGACGAUGAAGAGCCGGAUCAGUUUGAUGAGAAUGACGAAGAAGACGAUCAACAGCAAGGUGGUAAUCCCCUGCAGACGAUAGUGGAAGUCGUAAAUCCGGCGGUCGGUGGUGGUGAUGGACAGAUCCAUGAUAUCAUAAUCGGACGCUACAAUGAUGACUGUGGGGGAGAGGAUUCGUUCGCGUCCGCUUCGUCACCUUCAACCACCUACACGGGAGGGUUGCGAUUCGCCUACGAGGAAAAUCGCUACGAGUCGAUAAACGAUAAGAUGAAGAAUGUGCUUCGAGAGUUGAAGCAAAACGAAAAAGUGAGACUGAAUCUGUCCAAGAGUAUGACUGAGGAGGAGUUGGCGGAACAAGAUGAUGAGCAGGAAGAGCUGGAGGAAUUUCAUCGAGCGGAACAGGACGUCGACGAAGAUGAAGAGUUCCGCCAUUACGAGGAGAAAACCGGUGCAAUAGGGACGGUGUUUAUGGUCCGCGAACGACUGAUUAACGAUUUCUACACGCACCAGACCGAGGACCAGCAGCAGCAGCAACAACAGAUACCACCGGCACCACCACUGCCAUCCGCCCGGUUGGACUUUUUCGAUGGUUGCGAGGUGAUUCAGAACCCGAACGCUAAGGUGUUCGAGGAGGAGCUGGAGAAAAUACACAGUCUCAGCAAGCUGCAGAAGAUGACACUGCAGGAUGAGAAGCUCAAGGCGGUCUUCUGCGAUGACGACGAUGAUGAGGAGGAGGACGAGGUAGGGCCAGGCGGCGGUAGUAGCAUAGGAGGCGACGGUGGCUUGGAGAGAGAACGAAGGGGGACUGGGGAAAGACCGAGCGGUAUUCCCGUUGCUGGUACCAACGGUGGCUCGAAGCGUAAGAAGCGAAAAGGAAAGAAGAAGAAGUAAGUUCGAGUAGGGUAGCAUGUAAACGAGAGAGUCCCAUCCGUCCUAAAUCACAAAGCAACCGCCACCACGCGCGAAGCGAUUCAGGUGGGUGGCUGCAUUUUAAAUUCUGAACAAAAUAAAAUCGAUUGUUGAUUUUUUUAUUUUAAAUUUCUCGAACGAGAAUCGAUAGUAUUUUAAAGCGAAAACAUCUAUUCCAUUAUUAUUCCCUCACUAGAUUUUAUCGUCAGUUGGUAGUAAAUAGCCGACAAUAAAAAAUUACGUUUAAGUAUAAUCGUAGCACGUAAAAGUACUAUAAUCUGCUUACUACUAUUCGUGGAUUGUACGAUGUAUUAGGUAUAUAUUUAUUUAUACUUUGAAACACAAUCAUUAUUAUCAUCUUAAAUUGCUGCAAUCGUCGUAAAGCAGAAAUCAAAUGGAUUCCAAGUGAAACUGCACUGCUCUAAAUCAAUUCUUAUUGAUUAUCAUGGUCACAAGUCUCUAGCCUCAGUAACAGAGCCCGGGAGAAUGUGAUUUUAUUCUCGAAAUAAAUGCAGAUUCUCGUAUCGAUGGAUUAUUUAACGGA